CGGUGCAUUGUGGUCUGUGAGCUAAAGGAAGCUCGCUGCACCGGAAUCUGAAGAAUUCGAGGUGUCCGCCAAGUCCGCUGCUCACCGUCGGCUCGUCUCUCUGUCUCUCCAUCUGUGCUGGGCUUUCUGCGGGCUGACUGUAAGGGUUAACAAGGAGAACAACAAUGUCUCAGGCUGACAAAAUGAAGCAAGGCCAGUUCCCCAACCCUGAGACCCCGGGGUAUGUUGGAUUUGCCAACCUGCCGAAUCAGGUGCAUCGCAAAUCGGUAAAAAAAGGAUUUGAGUUUACACUGAUGGUGGUAGGUGAAUCUGGACUUGGAAAAUCCACCCUGAUCAACAGCCUGUUCCUCACUGACCUUUACCCUGAGAGAAUCAUACCUGGAGCAGCAGAAAAGAUAGAAAGGACUGUUCAGAUCGAGGCGUCAACGGUAGAAAUUGAGGAGCGAGGAGUGAAGCUCCGUCUCACUGUGGUAGACACACCAGGAUAUGGAGACGCCAUCAACAACCAAGACUGUUUCAACACCAUCAUCAGCUACAUUGAUGACCAGUUUGAGCGUUACCUCCAUGACGAGAGCGGUCUAAAUCGUCGACACAUAGUUGACAAUAGAGUUCACUGCUGCUUCUAUUUUAUUUCCCCGCUUGGCCAUGGGCUGAAACCUCUGGAUGUUCAGUUUAUGAAGGCCAUUCACAAUAAGGUCAAUGUUGUUCCCGUCAUCGCCAAGGCAGACACGCUCACCCUCAGAGAGAGCGAGAGGCUCAAGCGCAGGGUUCUGGAUGAGAUCGAUGAACAUGGCAUCAAGAUUUACCACCUUCCUGAUGCCGAGUCAGAUGAGGACGAGGACUUCAAAGAGCAGACCAGGAUCCUCAAGGCUAGCAUCCCAUUUGCAGUGGUGGGAUCCAACCAGCAGAUUGAGGCCAAAGGGAAGAAGGUGAGGGGCCGCCUGUACCCCUGGGGAGUGGUGGAGGUGGAGAAUCUGGAACACAAUGACUUCCUCAAGCUGCGGAUCAUGCUAAUAACCCACAUGCAGGAUCUGCAGGAAGUGACCCAGGACCUUCACUACGAGAACUUCCGCUCGGACCGCCUCAAACGGAGUGGCAGGUUGUCCUCCCAUGGUUACAUUCUGCCUCGCUCUCCUGCAAAUGGACCGGAGCCGGAGGAAAUGGACAAGGAUAUAAUCCUGCAGGAGAAGGAGGCUGAGUUGAGACGAAUGCAGGAGAUGAUUACUAAGAUGCAGGCCCAGAUGCAGAAGCAGGGAGAUGUGUGAACCGUCUACGGUUCGUGAGCCACGGCUCAAGUUUGACGGAGGACAGCAGAGAAGGUGUAAACAAGUUGUUGACUUGUAUGGCUUGCCACUAUUUUAUUAUAAUCCUACAUGGGAUCUGGAGCCUUUUUUUUAAUAUACAUACAGUAAAGUAUUACAUUUAUAUAUUUUCACACGGUUAAUUUUCUUAAAGAUUUGCCAGUUACUCGAAUGAAGUCACGUGACCCAUCUUUUAAAAAUGAUGGCAUAUAUCUUUGAUAUAAACUGUUACUUUACUUUUUUUCUAUUUAGAAAACCAAAGUGCUGCUGCUUGUAGUUGUAGAACAUCUCUCAGCAUGUGGUCAUUUUGCUCUUAAAGCGCUUCAUUAGGAGGCUCUGCUGGACACUAGCAGCAGGAGUAGCUUUUACCACCAUUGUUAUGCCAUUAUCUUGAUAUCUUUAAGUGAAGAGAAAUGAUUUCAUAUUCCCUCUGGUUAAGAAGUGACCACAUCCUAAUAAAUCGGGUCCAUUUGCUCAGUGUUCAUAUUACCCAGCUCAUCUGCAACUCUCAACCCCGUCUGGUCACAUUUUCAGGUGAAUUUUCCCUCUAGUGCUUUAUUGAGAUCAGCGUCUCCCUUUUACUGUCAAAGACUUAUACAUUAGUGUUUUUAAGCUUUUUGAGUUUGGUAUGAAUUGAAUAAACUGUGACCCUUGACCUCCUCAGUCUUGCCGUAGACUUGACAAAUGAAGGAUGUGCAAAUGAGGUGCGACUCCUGUUUGGCGCUUUCAAUCGAUUUAUAAUUGUUUCCUCGAAAGUGAAGUCAUGUGUCAGGGAGCAUUAACUGUUUCAUGUCUUCUUUUUUGAUGCAGUGAGAUUUGAGGUAUAAACUUUGACCUUUGUGGUUUCCAUGACCAGAGAUUAAAGUGGCCUAAUGAGGUCAUUGUAGCCAACGUUUCCCUCACUAGCCAAUGUGAGUUCUUGACAUUCCUCUGUGCGGUUUUUAUCCAUUAUUAAAUCACCAAAUAUUGUUCUUGAUACAUAUAUUGUAAUAAGUUUUAUUAAAUGUUAUUAAUCUCCUGUGA